AUGACGACUCCAACGAAUCGUGACCGCUCCAAUUCGGACGAAAAUGAGAAGCGCUCUUCUCAUACAGAUGAUAGCCUCCAGACGGCAACGGAUCCCAGCUCCGUGCCGCCUCAGCAGGAGAAGAUGACCCGCCUCAAUACCGACAACCUUCUCCCCCUCCCGACCGACGCACAUGGCCCCGGCCCCAUAUCGCCCCAAGACUCCCGCGAACAGGCCUCGCGUCUGAACGACGACCUCGAACUACUGCGCGCUGAACGCUUCGUUUCCAACCAGGAACAUGAGUUAUCACAACAGCGCUCCCGUCAGGGUAGGACCCGAGAGCCAGAGCCCGAGGACGUCUUCGCGACCAACCCCACGGCCGUCGAAGCCGUGAAGCCGCCCCCCGAAAAGAAGGCCGGCGCCUUUGCUUUCGCCCUCUGGAAGUGGCUAAGAAAGUUCCCUCGUGUCUUCCGUUAUUCCGUCUACAUGAUUCCCGGCGCCGCCCUUCUACUCAUUCCCGUCCUCCUCGGUCAUUUUGCUGUCGUUCCUGAGAGCUCAGCCGUCGGCGGCGCCAACGGUGUGUACCUCACCUGGUUCGGCAUUUGGCUUGAGGUUGUUUGGUGCUCUCUUUGGGGCUCCCGCAUGAUCACAAGCUUCAUGCCGCUUAUCUUUGGCGGCAUCGCCAUAGUCAUGGGUUCUAGCAACCACAAGAAGUGGAAGGAUAUUGGCCAGGGCCUUGAGCUGCACACUGCCCUCUUCAUGUGGAUGCUCGCCGUCCUCUGCUCAUACUCUCCCAUUCUCAACGGUCAUCGCGUCUUGCCGGACAACUUCAACGAGGACGAAGAUGAUUUGCCUCACGUUCAGUGGAUCGAUGUUGUCCAAAAAAUCAUCAUCGCGUUCUUCGUCCUGGCAGCCCUCAACUGGGUCGAGAAGAUCUGCAUUCAGUGGAUCGCGACUUCUUUCCAUCAGCGCACCUACGUUCAGCGAAUCGAGACCAACAAGAGCGAUAUCGACCACCUCGUGCACCUGUACGAGCACUCCAAGAUGCGCAUUAACCGCGAGGACUCCAUCUGGCUCACGACGGAGAACGGCAACAGAUCGGGUGCCCGCACUCCCAUGGGUGUCAUGGGCAAAAAUGUCCGUUCCGUAUUCAACAAGGCCGGCGGUGUGGCGGCUCGCGUUGGAAACGAUUUCAUAGGACGAAAGGUCGCUUUCAACCACGCCCGCAAGAUCACCUACGAGAUGUUACGCAAUACUGCCUCGGCCCACUCUCUCGCUCGUCUCAUCUUCCGCAGCUUGGCCAAAGAAGGCCAAGAGACCAUCUUCCUCGAGGAUAUGCAGGUUGCCUUCAAGACGGCUGAAGAAGCAGAGCACGCCUUCAGCAUUUUCGACAAGGAUCUCAACGGCGACAUCUCCAUGCAAGAGAUGGAGGGAACCUGCAAUGAAAUUCAUCUAGAGCGCAAGGCCAUCGCUGCCUCGCUCAAGGAUCUCGACUCUGUCAUUAAGAAGCUUGACAAGGUGUUCCUCUUCAUCAUCGUUAUCAUCGCCAUCAUCGUCUUCAUCUCCAUUAUCUCGGGCUCUGCCGCCGCCGGUCUGGCCUCUGCCGGCUCCAGUUUUCUCGGUCUCGCUUGGAUGCUUCAGGCCACUGCCCAGGAGUUCCUGCAGUCUAUCAUCUUCGUCUUCGUCAAGCACCCCUUCGACGUUGGUGACCGUGUCACGGUUUAUGGCAACACUGGUACCCUGGGAACUGGCGAUGACUACUACGUUACCGAGAUUUCCCUGCUUUACACCGAGUUCAAGAAGAUGGAGGGUCACAUUGUCCAGGCACCCAACAGCGUUCUCAAUACCCUUUUUAUUCUGAACCAGCGUCGUUCUGCCGGCCUCGCCGACCCCAUCGAGCUCAAGCUUGGUUUCGGAACCGACCCGGAACUCAUCGACGAGCUCAAGUCCCGCAUGCUCAACUUCUGCCUGGAAAACAAGCGCGACUACCAACCCCGCAUCAUCAGCGAGGUCAAGACGCUCAACGAGGUCCAGUCCUUCACCAUGAACUUGAUCUUUUUCCACAAGUCCAACUUCCAGAACGAGCUGCUCCGUCUUCAGAGGCACAACAAAUUCGCCGCGCAGCUCAUGGCCGAAGUCCGUAGCGUCGGUCUCCAGGGCCCUUGGCAGGUGCAACCCGGUGGUUCCCGCGACACCCCCUUCUACUGGGCUGGCGGCGCCCCCCCUUCGUACGACUCGUCCAAGCCCGGUCCCAGUGGCAACGAGCCCUCGACGCCUGCUACGGUGGGCGAUGCUCAGUCGCACCACUCACUCGCCCACUCUACCUCUGUUGGCCCGGCUGUUGUUACUCGCUCCCGCGCCGACUCGCGCACCGGUGUGGUGCCUUUUAUCGACGACAACUGGAGCGAUUUCCAAGACGUCUUCGAGGCUCGUAGAGAAGUUCACCAGCCCCACGUCUCGCGCCUCCAGAGCAUCCGCGAGCGAUCCGACCUUGAGCGCCCUCAGAGCUCUACUUCUGGCGCCGCCGCUUCGAGGCAGUCUCACGAGUCUGGCUCGCAGCGUCGUAGGUUCUUCGGCCGCCCUCGGAGCUCCAGUAGGACGAAGACCAGCGAUAUCGUCUAG